AUGUCUCUUAUAGUCAAGAAUGUGGCUAUUGCCGGAGCCAGUGGAAAUGUCGGAGCCCGGGUACUUGAUGCAUUACUCAAUAUUGGGUUCAAUGUCACGGUGCUCAGUCGCAUGUCCAAAGCCUUCCCGACCGGUGCCUACGUGAAAGUCGUUGACUUUAACUCGGCGGAGUCACUAUCUGCUGCUGUUGCUGGACAGGAUGCAGUUAUAGAUACGACUUUCUCACUCGAUGUGGAAACGCCACUUCGACUUAUUGACGCAGCGGUCCACAGUGGAGUUUAUCGCUUUAUCACCAGCGACUUUGGGCUCGAUCCUGACUUACCAGGUGUCCAUGAUAUGCCCAUUUUCGGUCGAAAGAAGGCUUCCUAUGAGGCCGUGAAGAGAUAUGCGGCUCAGAAUCGCCUGACAUACACGGUAGUAGCGUGUGGUGCCUUCCUUGACUGGGGUCUUUCCUCUGGUUUUGCGGGGUUGGACUUGGAAGGUAAACAAGCUUCCAUAUUUGGUGAUGGAAACAACGUUGUUCCAUGGACGACAUUGAACGAUGUUGGCAUAGCAACUGCAAAUGUGCUUAUACAUCCACACGAAACUCUGAACCGUCCGGUCUAUGUUCACACUGUGUUCAUGUCGCAAAAUCAAGUUCUCGAUGAAGCAAAAAAAGGAUUGGGGAAGGAGGGGUGGAAUACUACCUAUAACGACAUGGAUUCUCUUUUGGAAAAAGCGUUGGCGGAUCUCCAGGCUGGCAGAAUUAGUGCGUCGGUUUUUGAAGUACAGAUCCAGUACUGCCUCGCUACCAAGAGACUUGCACACCCCUGGGCAAGAGAUGAUAAUUCCCUUUUGGGAUUGAAAGAAUGGGAUUCGGAUAAGGUGAAGGAGCUUAUUCAGUCGAUUGCCCACAAAACAGCGUGA